AUGAAUUUGUAUUUAGAAUAAGCCGCCGAAGAGUUUGAAUAGGCAAUUUCAGAUGCUGAUCAAUUGAUGGCAUUAACUAAAGCCACACUUCAAAAAUUUUCAAAUUAUUUAAAAAGAAAAUAAUAAGAGAAAUUGGAGCGAAGAUUUCAUUUAAACAACAUUACAGAAGAUUCUAAUAGUAUGAAACAUAUCGAUAAAUAAUCAUAUAGUUAAUUGAAAAUAUUGGAAUAUUUUAAUAAGUUUCAUAAAGAGAUGGAUAAAUAAUUGAGAGAUUUGAAAGAAUUGAUUCCCUCCAAUCCUUAAACUUUUGUUAUAGAAGAGUUAAAUGAAUAGGAAUAAUCAAAUAAAUAAACAGAAUAAAAGGUAAUAUAAAAGGUAGUUAAUUAAGAACAAAAAAUUUUCCCUAUUUUCAAAUAAUUAAGGAAUUCAGGUUAAACAGUAUAAAAUUCUAAUUCUUAAAGUUAAUCUAUUUAAGGAUAAAAUUAAACAUAAGUUUAAUUGUAAUUCUAAAAUUCUUAAAACUAAAUAUAAUUUUAGGCAUUAUAAAUUUAAAACACAUAAAAAGAAAAUAAUUAUUAAAAGGUUUCAACAUAAAUUUAAAAUAAUUAAUUGGAAUAAUAAACAGAAACAAUAAAACCAAUUUUGAAAUAAAGAUAAGAAAUAAAGGAAUCAAUAAUAACAUUUGGAAGAUUAUAUAAAUUUUAAUACUAGAAAUUAAUAUAUCCAAAAUAAAAUGAAGGAUAUUGUGUAUUUUGUGGUUUAGAAGCAAAUGAAUAAAAUUUAGGACCUCUUUUAUUAAUACCAUCAAAUAGUAAUUAAAAUGAGAAAUAUUAAUUACAUGAAAUGUGUGGAUUAUGGAGCUAAAAUUUAGUAUUUUUUUGUAAUAUAGGAUAAUGUGAUCCUAAAAAUAUAGAUGAAGAGGUUGAGAAAUCUAAAAAAACAGUAAAGAUAUAAUAAUUUAUUUUAGAAAUGUUUUUUAUGUAGUAGGAUAGGAGCUACUAUUUGUUGUGCAUUAUGUCCAUAAUCAUUUCAUUUUACAUGUCUAAUGAAAAGUUCUUAAACAGGUAAAGUAAAAUAUACUUAUAUUAAGGUAAAUUAAUAGAGAAUUAAUUUAAAUUUUUUUGUGAUAAACAUAAAUAUAAAGCAAGAUUUGAAGUAACAAGUGAUGAAGAAUAAUAGCCAAAGAAAAAAAAGAAAGUUUAAUCUAAAUUAAAUACAUCUAAAUCAAUAAUUAAGAAUAGUCCUAAAAGAGCUAAAUCACCUGUAUCAUAAUAAAUUUUGAUUCAUUAAUGUUUAAAGAGUAAUGAUGAAAAUUUUAAACGUUAAUGGAUUGCACCAGAAGUUAUUUAUUUAAAUUUACCUUAAUGGGAUACUAUUGAGUAAAAAAUUAAUGAUUUAGAUCAAUUAUUAAUAUAGAAUAAAAAGUGUGAAACAUAACAUAACUAUUAAUCAGAAAUUAAAUAAGAAUAAAUGAAUUGA